AUGCGCUGCCUCGUCGUGUGGCGAGGAUGAAGUAGGCGGAAAGGCAGAGACGGCGUUCGUUCAGUUCGUUCGUAGACAAUGAUCAGGCCCUCUACUUUCCACAGGAGAAGAGGAAGAGUGAUCAACUUUAGCCGCAUGCAAGAAAGCAGCCGCCAGUGGCAGCCGCAAUUUUAUGCAGACAAAGUUCGUGAGUGGCGAGGUCUAUUAUUAGUACAAUAUUCAAGCGGCUGGGUUCUAAAAUGGCUGUUACCACUCGAGUUGCAUAAAAACACUAAGUAAAUAACCCAAAACCAGCAAAAGUUGGCCACAUAAUGGCACCCGUAAAGCACUUGAUACCGAUCGAAAAGUUGAACGCUCUCUUCGUCUGGGAGGCUUUUCACUGCCCUCGCCGCAACGGAGCAGAGAGAGAGCGAGUGGGAAAGUGCGCACGGGCACGGGUGUGAGUCGUUGGUUCUCGUGGUUUUUCGAGGCCGCAAGUUCGCUGUCCGAAGCACUGCCAUAUGCUCUAGCGCGACAGGCGAAGGAGUACUGUACUCUAGGAUUGUCUUGCGAAACCCACGGAUCUCCAGCCAAGCUAAAGCGAUUCACACCAGCGGAAAAGAGAAAAACCGCCAAGUCGAGAGGCGCCCGUUCGUGUGGAGGGAAGAAGUGCGCUGCGUUUUGACGAGCCUCGCUUGCUCGUCGUCGCGCCGGUGUCCAGCACAGGGAAUGCGUUGCCCGCCGUUAAUGUGGCCCUGCAUCGUCCAGCGAAAGCUGCUGCCUCUGCCUGGUACCACGCCACUGCUAGCGUCGCGGAAUCCACGGCUCGCACUUUCAGGACAGUCCCGCUGGCCCACCUGGGAUCCCCGUGAGGCGGACGUGCAGAUCUGAAGGAGCGGUGCCAUGGAGAGUCUUGGAGAGGACCUGGAGCUGCAGCCCCUGAGCCUGGAUGACAUCCGUCCCCCGAGGGAGGAGGACCUUGCCGGGGGCCGGGGAGAGGCCUCGGAGCAGGGCAGCCCCCCCGUGUCGGCCAUCUUCUCGGUGGCCAUGGGGCUCAAGCGCAAGAAGAGCGUCGCCUGCCAGCCCAGCCGGCGCAAGAAACCCGGAGAGGCGGAGCCCAUCAGGCAGGAGGUGGGUGCGGCCCAGCGGUGGCAGCGGGCGGCCAGGCGGGCCCUGCACAUGGAGGACCCCUGGGCGAAGAGGCACCUGGAGCGGCUGCAGGAAGAGCGGGUGCACCGGCUGCGCUACAAUGCCCUCACCAGGGAGUGGCUCGAGGACCAGGCCCUGGUCAAGAUGGAGGCACAGCCCUUCGGCCGUGGAGCCAUGCGGGAGUGCUUCCGACUCAAGAAGCUGUCCAGCUUCGUCCCCGGCCAGAACUGGAACCACGCGUGCAACUAUGUGGCCAAGCGGUACCUGGAGCCGACGCAGCGGGAGACCUACCUGGAGGAUGUGCGACUGCAGAUGGAUGCCAAGCUCUGGGCAGAGGAGUUUAACCGCCACAACCCACCCAAGAAGGUGGACAUCUUCCAGGUGUCGGUGAUAGAGUUUGUGGAGCGUGAGGGCAGACCCCUGUACCACCUGGAGCACUUCAUCGAGGGGAGCUACACCAAGUACAACUCCAACUCGGGCUUCAUCAGCAACCAGGACACCAGGCUCACCCCUCAGGCAUUCAGCCACUUCACCUUUGAGCGCUCGGGGCACGAGCUGCUGGUGGUGGACGUGCAGGGGGUGGGGGACCUGUACACGGACCCCCAGAUCCACACGGCGGGGGGCCAGGACUACGGGGAGGGCAACCUUGGGGUGCGGGGCAUGGCCCUCUUCUUCCACACCCACCGCUGCAACUGCGUCUGCAAGGGCCUCGGUCUCACCCCCUUCGACCUGGCACCCCACGAGCGGCCCCAGAACGGGGUACCCCCGGUGUCCCACACGCGCCUGCGGGGCUCGGAGGAGCUCUGCGUGGGCAUGUCGGAGUACGAGCGGAGCCACCUGUGCGAGGCCCUGGCUCCGGCCGUGCGGCAGCGCUCGCGCAGCAGCAGCGAGUGGAGCGACCGCAUCAAGGCACAGGACAGCGGCUUCCGCAGCCUGAGCAGCGGCAGCGAGGGCACCAACGGCGAGGACGAAGACCUGACCCUGGGCAGUGACGAGGAGCCCACCGAGCGUCCCAGCGCCCUGCCCCUGCGGCUGAUGAGGCGCACCCGCUACGACUCGGAGAGCAGCACGCUGGGAGACGAGCACGACCGGGCCGAGUUUCAACGCCUGGUGGCCCAGCGCGCGCGCCCGUCAUGCGUGCUCGGGGAGGUGCAGCUGCGGCAGCUGGGCCAGCAGCUGCCCGCGACCCAGAGCCGGUCUGUGCUGGGCCAGAUCCACCUGGAGAUGGCGCGCUGCCACCAGACGGGGCGCUUUGGGGCCGAGGAGGACGAGGAGGGGGACUACGACCAGGAGGCUGCGGUGUUCCACCUGGAGCAGGCGGCGCAGUGCGGGGCCCUCGAGGCCCUGCUGGAGCUGGCCAGGGCGCACCUGGGCAUGCCCCACGACCUGCUGCCGGACUGGAGCCUGCCGGAGACUGAGGAGAGCGUGUCCCGCGGAGUGGAGUACCUGGAGCAGGCGGCGAGGGCGGGGGACCGGUGGUCGAUGAUCACGCUGGCCAAGGCGCUGGACACGGGGGCGGGGCUGGGCGGCCAGAGGGAGCGCAACUGGGCCGAGGCCUGCCUCUGGUACGGCCUGGCGCUCAGCCGGACAGAGCGAGAUGACGAGGGGGAGUACGACGGCUGCAUGGAUGACCCGGACUACCUGCUGCUCGCCAGGCAGGCCGAGCUCACCCUCCUGGGGGGACACGGGCUCGACAGGGACCCCCAGGCUGCGGGGGAACUGUACCAGCGUGCGGCCACAGCAGCCACCAUGGCCAUGAAGGGACGCCUGGCAAACAAAUACUACCAGCUGGCCGAGGAGGCCGCUCAGGAGCAAGCCUAGCAACGCUUGGCACCAUGCACAAAUUGUGAUGUUACGCUGUGAUCGGAAAUGCGAGGUUUCUUAGAUCUUCCGUUCCGGCCUGCCGCCUUGCACCUAGGCAGAGGGGGUGGGUGCGGUUUACUCUUUCUCUCCCUGUACUCUAGGCAUUGUUUGUCGUUUUGCGCCUCGUUGUAUCAUUUGUCGUUUUCGUGGGGCUCCAUUGGAGGACCCCCAAUAAAGGAUCUACCCAGUGUUGCUCCAA